GAACCCUCUCUCUCUCUCCUUUGCUCUCUCUCUAUUCGUCGCCGGAAGAAGCAGAAUUUCGCAGUCGUCCAACGCCAUGGUCGGGAUCUUCUGCGUGAGAAGUGCGGCUUCCCAUCUGGCACGGCGAAUUGGACUCAGUCUAAACCUCCGAUCCUUCGGAGCUGCCGCUGCAGUUGAGUUGCCAGACGAUUACGAUUACUACAACGACGGCGAUUACGAGCUCUCGCGCGACCAACUUCGACUGGUACCUACUAACGAUUCUGAUGGUUCGAUCGAGGGGAGGGGUGUGCAGUGGGUUUUCAUUGGCAACCCUGGCGCCAAGAAACACGUCUAUGCCGAAAAGCUCUCCAAGCUUCUGCAAGUCCCUCACAUUUCCAUGCGCACUCUCGUUCGUCAAGAACUCAACCCUCGUUCUUCUCUUUACAAACAGAUUGCGAAUGCGGUGAACGAAGGAAAGCUUGUUCCUGAAGAUAUAAUAUUUGGUCUUCUGUCGAAGAGACUCGAAGAAGGCUAUUACAGAGGUGAAACUGGGUUCAUCUUGGAUGGCAUUCCUCGAUCUCGAAUCCAAGCUGAGAUCCUGGACCAAAUUGCCGAUAUCGAUCUAGUUGUGAAUUUCAGAUGCACAGAGGACUGUUUGGUGAAAAAAAGCCUCGGAAGCAGAAUAUGUUCUCAAUGUCAUGAAAAUACUUCUGUAAGAAAUUCAGGGACAACUCUAGUGAAAACUUCCUUUGCUGGUACUGAAGAUGCCCAGAAAGAGAAAUUCCGAAACUAUGAAGAGCAGAACAAGCCUUUGGAAGACUACUACAGAAAAAAAAUGAAGCUUCUUGACUUUCAAGCGGCUGGUGGUCCUGGAGAAACCUGGCAGGGGCUUUUGUCUUUGUUACAUCUGAAGCACAUUAAUGCAAUCCAUUCGUCGCAGAAAUUGACAGUAUAAUGUUGGUUUUUGACCACUCCCAUUAGCAAUUCGUUGUGGGUUUUACUUUCCACAUUACAAUAGAAUGAUAGAGGCAGGAGAUGCAGCAGUUGUAAGUUCAUUGGAGCUUUCUUUAACAAAUAUUCUAGUAUAGUUUAGAAGGUUU